AUGAACUUGGUGGUUCAUCGUGCCCGACACCCGCAGCUUCAUUGUUACACUCAUGAGUCUCUCGAUGCCAUGGUUUCUUACUUUGAACACGGGAUGAAUGAGAAUGUUGCGGUUAUGUUUUUUGAUAAUGAUAAAAUUCCAAUCGAGAAGUUUGUGUUCAAGAUCAAUGUGAACCGGGUUCAAGGGGAAAUGAUGGAAGAAGAUGCAGAUCUGGAGUCCUCCCUGAGAUCAUUCUUGAUCAAGCUUUCUCAAUCCGAAACGCUUUCGAAAGGUUCGGCUCAAGGUUCCGAGAGGGUUUGUGUUUUUCCGGCGGGGUGA